AUGGCGAGACCCGUAUCAUCUGCCAAGAAGGCGAAAACUGCCUCCGCGGUUUCAGGCCCAGUGAAGAGGGAACAGCAGUAUACACACGUCGAUGUAGAACGUCAGUUUGAUGUGAAUCUGCGCCGUAUCAAGCUGCCAGCAUGUAUGAUGGAGCAGGAGAUAGUUGAUGCUAUAAAAUACAACGAUGUGGUAGUAAUCACCGGGGAUACAGGAUGUGGUAAGUCAACACAGGUACCACAAUUCUUGUAUGAGAAUGGGUUCUGUGUCGGAAAUUCGAUAAUAGGCGUCACCCAAGUCAGAAGAGUAGCGUGUUUAGCGCUGUACCAACAAGUAUCGCUUGAGCUCAAUUCCAAGACGUUAGUCGGUUACCAAUAUCGAUUUAACAAGGGAUACAAUCAGAAGUUGUGCAAGAUUAAAUUCAUGACAGAUGGGAUACUUCUUCAGGAGAUAAAGGAUGACAUUUUAUGCACGCGCUACAGCGUACUGAUCAUCGAUGAGGCACAUGAACGCAACCUUAACUGCGAUUUGUUAAUAGGUAUUCUCGCACGUGUCGUGCAAGUACGAAGGGAACACUUUGAAUCCGGUGAAUCGGUGCUGCCUCCCCUGAAACUGGUGAUAAUGUCAGCUACUAUCCGUGCAGAGGACUUUUUGGAAGCCAAGAUUUUCAAAGGACAUGUUACCCACUGCCAUAUACCUACAGAGUUCAAAAGGAAUACUAUACAUUUUGCCCGCCGUUCUGUCCGUGACUACGUUGCCGAUGCAUAUGAUAAGGUACUAAAGAUACACCAGCGACUACCACCAGGAAGUGUUCUUGUAUUCCUCACUGGUAAGGACGAACUAUUCCGUCUCAAAAGGCUCCUAGCGCCACAUGAACGGACUACAGCUUCGGAGCGAACCGUUCCUCCUCCGCCACCUGCCGAGGAACCCAAUGACGAUGACGCUGUAUUCGACAUUGAAAGUGACGACUCUGAGGACGAGGUCACUAGUUCUGGGAACUCUAAUAGUGAUGAUACUAAAGAUGCAGGUGAUUCUGGUGGUACUGUACCACCUAAUGCCGGAGGGGUUCCUUCCAAAGAGUCGCAUGGUACACCGACUAUUGACAAAGAGUGUCAAGAGAUCGCAACAUCGCUUGUGGAUGAAGGUCUAGAUGCAAAACUCGAUACUACCAUUAAGGUGAAUGAGGGCAAAGAGUUACAAAAUUCGGACUCCAAACCCUUUACUACAGAUAGUUAUGAAGACGAUGGUGGUAGCGUUGUGGAUCUAGAUCCAUGUAAUGAUACAGCUGGCCGACUUUGGGCUGGGGAGUCUGACGACGAGACUUCUUCUCAUUCUGAUAAUGAGUACCACGUUGAAUUGGAUGUUUUAAGUAAAAGUUACAAGCGACUAUCGGAUAUAAAGUGGCAUGGUGCCGGAUCAGGUUCCGGCAGGUUGCGAGUUGUUGCUAUGCACGCCUCUCAGACAAUGGAUGCUCAGAUGGCUGCUUUCACUGUCCCUAACGACAACGAGCGGAUGGUUAUUUUGUCUACCAAUGUUGCUGAAACUGCUAUUACAUUGCCAAACAUAAGGUAUGUCGUCGACUGUGGUAAAGAGAAACGUCGUGUAGACGACAUUCAGCGUGGUGUAUCUAGAUUCGUUAUCUGUGAUAUAAGCAAGGCUUCAGCUAAUCAGCGAGCUGGUAGGGCAGGCAGGGUUGGUAGAGGUCAUUGCUAUCGUCAAUACACUAGUAGCGUAUACGACACGCUGUUUGACGAAAAUUCACCUACCGAGAUUUCCAAUUGCAAUCUCGAGUUUGCAAUCUUGCUUCUAUCAUCAAUGGGUAUUGAAAAUCCUUAUGACUUCCAGUUUCUCACCCCUCCUCCUCAGGAUAACAUACGCUGUGCCAUGCAAGUGUUAGCAGUCCUAGGUGCAAUUGAGACUCCGCGCAAACCCCUGGUAGAGCGAUAUAGCUUACACAAUGAGGUUACUACUAACCCGUUUAAGAUACAACCUGUGUAUCCGUACAGAUCGUCAUUUGAUGUUAUGAAAGAGCUUCGUGUCGCUCGGAUUACUCAGCUGGGACAGUACUUGUGUCUACUUCCGCUGCAUCCGCGUUUUGGUAAAAUGCUAUAUUGUGUUUUGUCCAAGGGUGGCGAUGCUCUAGCAUUACGUACCGCAUGUUGUGUCAUAUCGGCAUUGUCAUUUGGAGUUGCUAAUUUGGUUGCUCCGCGUGUCCCAGGUGAUGACCCUGAACGCAAGGCACUGCCAUCAUUAAGGAGUGAUAUUGAGGUUUUCAUGUGGCUGUGUUGCAGAUAUUCGCAACUAGAAAAGGAUGCGGCUUCAUUAUUUUGCCGUCAAUAUGGUGUGAACGAGCGACUUUUACGUGAAGUAUUUCAGCAAGCGGAGCAAGUACACCGAGCGAUUCUUACGUCUAUAGGCUCUGCCAUGAAUAACCUAGAAGUUGAUUGGACUCAGCCAUUGGGAACCCCUAGAAGGUCGACAAAACAGAUUAUAGAAUCGGCUAUUGUGGAGUGUAUGGUAGAUAAGGUAGCUGUGCGGGUUCAGCAAUUAUCUGGUGAGGCUCAUGAUGCUGCUGCCAACGCUUAUAGGACAGGAGCUUUGGCGUCUAUGGGACGCGAUGUGUUUCUCCCACGCCCAUAUUCACGACACAAGCCCGAGUGCGUGGUUUACGCUGGACUCGUUGGUGAUGAAAAGGUUAAGAUGCAAGACGUGCUUCCCACAGAUGCGGCUACACUUUGCACUCUGCGUUCACCCUUAAUUGUCGCAGAUAGCAUCCGGAAACACCCAGCACCGCGUUAUGACCAUGAACUGGAUUAUGUGGAGGCGUUUGUACAUCGUAUGUAUGCGCCAUUGGAGUUUCCUCUGGGUGUUGCUAAGUCUGCAUUGAACCCUGACCACCCUCUUGCGACUCGGGUGUUUGCACAUCAAUUUUGCUUUGGGCACAUUUUUCCGAUACUCAGGCAGUUCGAAGAUGCUCUAACAGUUGGUAUAGAUGACUUUAUGGCCCCUACAAAAGUUAGUGGGCCAUUAGGAACUAUGCUGCUUACACUUCGCCGCAAUCGUGUUGCCAGUAAGGCAUCAUUUUUAGAAAAAUAUCGCCAGAGUGAUACCUUCCUAAUGUCAGAGUUUCAUUCUCUGCUUCGUGAAGGUUCCUUUGACGACCAAAUGGCGACCGCUGAAGACUCAGCGCAGCCAAGCGUUGAAGGCAACCUCGGUGAGAGGUUGCGUAUGAGAGAUUCGUUCUUACAGCCUUUCUACGAGUUUUGUAUCGGUUUGUCGACUUAUACUAGUCGUCGUAAUAGUCCACGUCAACCAGAUACAGAUUUAUUGAUGGAUUUUGUCAUUUUACACCCUGUUCGGGCUCUCAUUUUUGUGCAAGGAGCAAUUUUUUGCGGAGUAAUGAUGAACGCUAUGUUGUACAUACCCGAUUUAGCUGUAAAAGGUAUCUUUAAGCACAGUACUUCACACUACGAUAGUAUGGUUUGGUGGUGGCUUGCUUUCAACAAGGUUUUACAAAUGUUACAGAUGCCCAUUCGUAUUUUUUUGUUAUAUGUUUUGCGUAGUUUACGUGGUGCGACUAACCAGGAAAUUAUGUACUGUAUGUCUGUGUUAACUACUUGCCGUUUGUGGAGAUGGAGCAAGCGUCUUACUCUCACGAACUACUUCUGGUAUGCUUUAGGUUUCGCAGCUUCACGCAACCCGGUUCUGAAAAGCAAGCCAUGGUUCAACACAAUGGUGAUUUAUGUUUUCGCCGUUAUCGCACUGCGUGUUAUGUUUACAUUCACGCUCUUCUAUUAUGCGUUUCCACCUAGUCGGGUGAGGAUCACCAAGAAGCCUGCGCCUAAGAUUGAUUUUGGGCGCAUACCUGUUCGUCGCUACUGUGACUGUGAAAAUGUGAGCACUAGCAUGUGUGGCAUAUGCCUUGAUGAAUUUGAAUCGGAGGACCGUCUGCGCGUUUUGCUCUGCAAUCACGGUUACCAUGUUGCGUGCAUCGACAAAUGGUUUGCCCGUAGCAACACGUGUCCGCUGUGCAUGGCACUAGUCGAUUGA